GUGUACCACGUAUCAUUCAGUUCGUUAUAGACUUGCUCUCUCUCUCUCUUGUAAAGUGUCGUUGAUGUAGCUGAUGGGAUUUGUGUAUGUAUGCAUUUUAUCCUUUUCUAUCCUGCCUGUCCUUCGUAUUCCCUAUCUGUUAGGGAUUCCUGAGUUGGCUAAGAUAAUAACAAGUAACCUAGAAUACACACGUCUCCCACUCCUCAGCUUCUACUACCACCCCCCAGGGCUAGAUAAAGCAAAAGAGAAGAACAAACAGCAUGUCCAGACAUCGAUAAUCAAUGGCUAGGUAGGUAUAUCUUGUACCAGCUUCUGUCCGACACUCCUGUUCCUAUGCCUAGGUACAUAGGUAGCGACA